CAUCAGUUCGUGGUUCGUGUUUGUUCUUCCCAUUUCUCUGUGCUGUGCUUUUGCUUGUGCAACCCGUCCGUGUCCGUACGUCCGUACGAGUUGCGAGUGCGGAAAAGAAGUGACCAGAUCAGUAGCAAAGUAACGGAGUUGUGAUCAAAUUGGUUAGUGGAAAAAGGUUGUUAUUUUUGGUGAGAAAAACUGAGUGUGUGCUUUGGAAGAAAAUUGUGCCCGCGUGGAAAACUCAAGUACAAAGCAAAGACCACCACAAAAAGAAAAUAGCUUUGACUUUGUUGUUUGAUCAACCGAGAAGAACAUCCACACUCUCAGGUCUCAGCUCUGUAGAUGUUGCUCCAAAAAUGGAAAUGUUCACAACAAGAAGCUAGGUAACAACUAAGGAAGUUUUCGGAACGACAUUGCGUCAGCUGCUGCUGCUGGCUGCUGCAGAAUCGCAAAUUAUUCGGACAACUUCACCCAUCACAUCACACCAGCACCAGGCAGCAGCUGCAAAACGACAAGAAGUGGGAAGCUGGCAGACGUUUUGCAACCUACGCUCAAAACGGGUACAGUCGAUGAAACAGUGAGAAAAGUUUUUGAGAAAAAUGGAAUCAGCGCUAGUGCGCUGAUGAAAAGUGUGUGCUAAAAAUCCGUCCUUCGAUUGAUAUCAGAGCAGUGGCACUAAACAGUAUAAAUUAGGAGGCUCCAGUACCUACCCCGUAGUACAUCGCAACCAUGAGUUCCACCGUCGUGACGCGCCAAGGUGCCCAAAAGUCCAAAAUCACAACCCGAGCCAAGCAGGCAGCCAUCGCCGCGGAGCAAGCGGAACGUAAAAACAAGUUCUACGGCCGAAAACCACCGACGCCCGCCACCGUCACGUUAGCGGAAGCGAAAAAACGAGGCAAGUUGAAAAUGUCCACUCAAAGCGGACAGCCGGGACCGGACGGACAACCGGUGGCCGACCAGAACGGCGUGCAGCUGAAGGAUAUCUACGGCAAUGCACUCGGCGCUGCCGAGUUGGUCCGUGGUGCUACUGGGUUGGUGUAUGACGAAAGGAUGGCUGAACACCAGUGCUUGUGGGACCGUGGCUAUCCGGAGUGUCCGGAACGUUUUACCAGGGUUUUAGAACGUUGUCGUGAACUGAAGCUGGUUGAACGCUGUCAGUUGAUUGAACCACGGAUGGCAACCGAAGCGGAACUACUGACGAAACAUACACCGGAACAGGUGGAGAUCCUAAAAGCAACGAAGGAAUCUGGUGAUCCGGAUGCACUGGAGGAGCUUAGCUCGCAUUAUGAUGCGAUUUUCAUUCACCCGUCUUCGUACGAUUGCUCGCUGUUGUCGGCUGGCAGUACCAUCGAGCUGGUGAAUGCUAUCGUCGCUGGGCGGGUGCAGAAUGGAAUGGCAAUCAUCCGUCCGCCGGGUCAUCAUGCAAUGAAAGCCGAAUACAAUGGGUAUUGUUUCUUCAACAAUGUUGCCAUUGCUGCCCAGCAUGCGCUGGAUAAUCUCGGGUUGAAACGGAUCCUGGUGGUCGAUUGGGACGUCCAUCACGGGCAGGGAACGCAACGGAUGUUUUACGACGAUCCGCGGGUGCUGUACUUUUCCAUCCAUCGGUACGAGUGUGGAACUUUCUGGCCGAAUCUUCGCGAAUCCGAUUUUGAUUACGUUGGCGAAGGAGCUGGCCUUGGCUAUAACUUCAAUGUACCUCUCAAUCGGAUAGGAAUGACCAAUGCUGAUUAUUUAGCCAUUUGGCAGCAAAUUUUGCUGCCCGUGGCUAUGGAGUACCAACCGGAACUGAUUCUGAUUUCAGCUGGCUACGAUGCAGCCUACGGCUGUCCAGAGGGACAAAUGGAGCUCACACCGGCAUUCUACCCGCACUUGCUAUCCCCACUGCUGUCCCUGGCACAGGGACGCGUAGCCGUCGUUCUGGAAGGUGGCUACUGUCUGUCCUCACUCGCCGAAGGCGGUGCCCUUACACUACGAACACUGCUCGGUGAUCCGUGUCCCCUGCUGGUAGAGAAACUACCACCACCAUGCGAGAGCAUGCAGCAAACCAUCCUGAACUGCAUCCACUCGCACCGACCCUACUGGAAGAACCUGCGACUUAACGACACCUACGACUUGGAAGAGCUAAACAACAUCAACCCGCAGCCAAACUACCACCAGGUCAAUCAAUACUACGUUGCACCACCCCCACAGCCAGAACCCAUUCGAUACCUCACUCGAAACUGCUAUCCGCUGCAAAGCAGCGAAGAACGCAACCAAAUCGAAGAACGUCUGGCAAUGCUUCAGAUCACCACUCGGUUGAAUUUCCCACCCACCCGGGUUUGCUAUGUGUACGACGAACAGAUGUUGGAACACCGAAAUCUACACGAAGACCUUCACCCCGAACAACCGGAUCGAAUCGCUAAGAUCUACUCCCGCCACGAAGAGUACCGGCUACUGGCGCGGAUGAAGCUCCUGAAGCCGCGACACGCCACCACCGACGAGUUGUGUUUGGUGCACUCGCGACAGAAUGUGAAUGUUGUCCGCCGGACGGUCGAACGGGAGGAGAUGAAACAGGUGGCGGACCGGUUCAAUUCCGUGUACUUUCAUCCGAAGACGUUCGAGUGCGCAACGCUGGCUGCCGGUUCGGUGCUGCGGGUGGUCGACGAGGUGCUGAACGGGGAGAGCCGCAGCGGGGUGUGCAUUGUGCGACCGCCGGGACAUCAUGCCGAGUCGGAUAUGCCGCAUGGGUUUUGUAUUUUUAAUAAUGUGGCGAUUGCGGCACAGUAUGCCCUCCGGGAUCACGGGUUGAAGCGGGUGCUCGUGGUGGAUUGGGACGUGCAUCACGGUAAUGGGACGCAGCAUAUUUUUGAGGACGAUCCGCGGGUGCUGUACGUGUCGGUGCAUCGGUACGAUAAUGGGACGUUCUUCCCGAAGAGUAAGGAUGCGAACUUUGAUGUUGUUGGGAGUGGGGCUGGCGAGGGCUUUAAUGUUAACGUACCGUGGAAUAGGAAGGGCAUGGGUGACCAGGAAUACGCAGCGGUAUUCCAGCAAAUUAUUAUGCCCAUUGCGUACGAAUUUGAUCCGGAGUUGGUGCUAGUUUCGGCCGGUUUUGAUGCUGCUAUUGGUGAUCCACUCGGAGGUUGUAAAGUAACUCCCGAAGCUUAUGGGUAUUUUACACACUGGCUCUCAUCGUUGGCCAACGGUCGAGUGGUGGUUUGCUUGGAAGGAGGCUACAAUGUUAACUCGAUUUCCUAUGCCAUGAGCAUGUGUACGAAAUCGUUACUCGGGGAUCCACUGCCACUGUUGCAGUUGAGUUCUCGCUACAGUGGACCAAACUCUGCAUGCGUCGAUACCAUUCGAAACGUACUCUCGGUACAGGAGAAGUUUUGGAAAUGUCUACGAUUCAACAAAAAGCUGCCCAGCUUCCGCAGUUCCAGUGCGGAACCAGACCUGAGCGGGGCGUUCAAUAAACUGCACAUCACUCCUUCGUCCGGGUCGUCAACCGCCGGUUCUUCGUCCGCUGGUUCGUCACCUUCCAAGGGAGCUCCUUUUGAAGGAGACGAUCAGCCAGGACCAUCGCGGAGGAGAAGUACAAAGGAAUCGGACGUGGCAGCUGGGCCUAGCGGCUCAAUGGAAGGUGACGCAAUUGCUGGCGGGUCCAGUGAUGGAGCUAAAAAGGAAACCCUUCGCGAUUUUUUGGCUGCCAAUCUAGAGGCCUUACAAAACGAGGAAAUGUUUGCCGUCGUACCGCUGCGAGAUUGCCCCCAUUUGAAGGAGCUAAACUCCGCUAAUGUUCCAGAACAAAUCAGUACAAAGGCGCCCUGCGCGGAUUGCGAGUCGGGCGUGGAGAACUGGGUCUGCCUGCUGUGCUUCCGGGUGUGCUGCGGUCGGUACAUCAACGAGCACGCUAUGCUGCACAGCCUGGAGGCGGACCACGCACUGGCGCUGAGCUUCAGCGACCUGUCGGUCUGGUGCUACCGCUGCGAGUCCUACGUUGACAAUCCGGUGCUCUAUCCGUACAAAAAUCUCGUCCACCAGGAUAAGUUCGAUGGUGAACCGUUGGUGUGGUCCUACGGAAGCGAUCUGCUGCUGGACGUUAAGCCGGCCGGCAAGGAGAAGGAAUGAUAUUUGGUUCUGUCCAAAGUCAUCAUACGACUGUUGAUACUCUAUCUGACCAACUACCUGGUGAAUGCCUAUUUUAAGGGCUAGGCUUUUUUUGGACCGUGUUUUUUUUAAACUAAUUUUUUUUUGUUAUAUUUAUGAACUGUUAAACUAUUCGCUAAGACUGCGAGUAACUUCGUCGAUUUACAAGUAUUAUUUUUUUAACUGAACUUGACAAAGCCAAUGAGUUUGUCGAAGAAAACUAAUCUUUAACAAUUUUAACACUAUGGUCUCGGUUGUUUCCAAAAAAAAACAAUGUAAAUACAUCAAAUUCAUCAUGUUUAAAAUUAAAAUAAUGAUAAUAUAUAUAAUAAUAAUCAAUGCUAACCAAAGACACUAGUUUAAAAACCCAUCCUUUACAAAAACGAAUUGUCUGUCGUCAGGUCUGCCAAACAAAAGGUUUCGUUUGCAGCACCGCCGACGCCGACAGUUGUUGUGCUAAACACCGAAAUGAAUUUAUUUUUCUAUAGGUACGUAAAAUUACUGUUACUUGAACUGUUUUAACCUCAUGUUAUAGACAACCCGAGCAGAAUUUAACACAAAUUAAGCGAAAUUAAACACCGUUGAAUGAGACAGGGUCCUUUGUUGAGUUUAAUUUUAUUAACAACAAAAGAAGAAUUGAAAAAACGAACGGCAUUGAUAAUAAUAAAAUAACGGUGGAAAUGUUAAAUCAAACUAUACCUACCUACUAGAGAUUGCAUCUUAUAUCUACAUUAGCUCACAAUUUUAAAAAUAAAGAUGU